UUUCCAUAGAAAUUAAUUGCUUGCCCAUUCAGAAUUCAAUGGCUCGCCUUAUCUUUCUUUUCCUUGCCUUUCUCGUUCCAAUCACUAAUGUCACCAUUAUUAGCAUCUGCAAUGGCAACUUUGUUCAUGCGGUCUGCAUUGAGAGCGAGAAAGAAGCCCUUUUGAAGUUCAAGCAAGGUAUCGUGGAUCGCACCAACCGAUUGGCCUCUUGGCAUUCCGAUGGAGAUUGUUGCAGAUGGACGGGAAUUGUCUGCGACAACGUGACUGGCCAUGUCAUUGAAAUCAACCUCAGAGUACCUGCAUUUGACGGUUACCUUGACGAAGAGGCUUAUCAGGCUUAUAUGAGAUCACGGCUGGGUGGUAAGAUAAGUCCUUCUCUGCUCCAUUUGAAGUAUUUGAGUCAUUUGGAUCUAAGCAACAAUGGUUUUGAAGGAAUUCACAUUCCCAAGUUUUUUGGUUCUUUGAGGAGCUUAAGAUAUCUUAACCUUUCCCUUUCGAAUUUUGGAGGGAAGAUUCCUCACCAUCUUGGGAAUCUCUCUAAUCUAAAAUAUCUCGAUCUUGGGAAAAAUUAUUAUAAUGGGCCUACCAUGCAUGUUGAGACUCUCCAUUGGUUGUCUAGUCUUCUUUCAUUGGAGUACCUUGAUUUGAGUUAUGUGAACCUUAGCCAAGCCUCCAAUUGGUUUCAUGCAUUAAAUACACUUCCUUAUAUGGUAGAAUUACGCUUGUCAUUAUGUCAACUUCCCCAUAAGUUCCAUCCUAUUGCAAGUGUAAAUUUAUCAUCUCUUGCUACCCUUUCUCUAUCUGAGAAUUUUUUGCAAAGCUUGUCAAUGAUCAAUUGGGUUUUUUGUCUCAAGAACUUGAUUUCCCUUGAUCUAUCGGAUAAUGAUAUUGAGGGCUUGAUCCCUUAUGGUCUUCGAAAUUUGACUGCAUUGAAGCACCUUGAUUUGUCAUACAAUUCUUUCAAUUCCUCAAUACCUAAUUGGUUGUACAAUUUUACCCCUCUUGAGUCUCUAAAUCUUAGGAGAAAUCUCUUGCAAGGUGAAAUUUCAAGUGACAUAGGAAAGAUGAACUUUGUUGUUGAACUUGACUUAUCCUUUAAUAGUUUUGAAGAUCAAAUCCCAAUUAGGUCAAUAGGAAAUCUCUGCAACUUAAGGUCAUUCUCCCUCUCAGGUACCAAUUUGAAUCUAGACAUAUCAGAUGUCUUAAAAGUCUUUUCCAAGUGUGUUUCUAAUAAAUUAGAGUCAUUGUUCUUGUAUAAGUGUCAACUCUAUGGACAAUUAACAAACCAACUUGGGAAUUUUAAAAUUUUGAGAAAGUUGGGUUUGUCAAUAAACUCAAUCUCUGGUUCAAUACCAACAUCCAUAGGAGAGCUUUCAUCCUUAAAAUUUUUAGACCUCUCUCGAAACAAAUUCAAAGGAAACCUCUCUGAGUCAUUUGGUCAGCUUUCCAAUUUAGAAGUUGUUGAUAUCUCACAUAAUUUUUUGGAGGGUACUCUUUCGGAGAAACACUUUUUUAACCUCACAAAAUUGUUAAGUUUCAUUGCAAAUGGGAACCCAUUAAUUUUGAAGGUAGAUCCUGCCUGGAUUCCUCCUUUUCAAAUUCAAGAGUUAUCAUUAAGAUCUUGGCAUUUAGGACCACAAUUUCCACAUUGGCUCUCUUCUCAAAAACACCUCCAAUUCUUAGAUAUAUCCAACUCUAGAAUCUCAUGUAUUCUCCCUAGUUGUUUUUUGAACUUGUCUCCUUAUUUGACAUAUCUAAAUCUUGCUCACAAUCAAGUUCAUGGGUUGCUUCCAAUUAUUUCUAGCUUCAAUAAUCCAUUAUCUCAAAUCUUCUCAAGUUUGCAUUACUUAGACCUUUCUAAUAAUUUUUUGUCAGGCUCCCUUUUUAACUUUUUGUGUCAUGGAGCAAAUGAAACAAUGAAUCAAAUGUAUUUUCUCAAUCUUGGCAACAAUUUUUUGUCUGAGGAGUUACCAAAUUGUUGGUUCAAGUGGCCAAAUUUAGAGGUCAUUGUAUUGGAUAACAAUAGAUUUAUAGGUAAAAUUCCAAGCUCCAUAGGAACUUUACAAUACCUUGAAUCAUUGCAUUUUCGUAAAAAUAACCUUUCAGGAGAAAUUCCUAUAUCCAUAAGAAAUUGUACAAGUUUGCAAACCCUCGAUUUUGGUGAAAAUGAAUUGGCUGGGAACAUCCCAUCAUGGAUAGGACAUAAUCUUCCAUACCUGACAAUCUUGAGCCUACGUUCAAACAAGUUUUCAGGGCAUAUACCUAGAGAGUUGUGUGCACUAAAUUUUCUCCAUGUCUUGGAUGUUGCUCAUAAUAGUCUUUCAAGAAGCUUACCAAGUUGCAUUAGUAACUUAAGCGCCAUGGUUUAUUCUGUAAAUGGCUCAUUUGGGAACUACAUUACAUAUCACUCACCAUCAAUUUUUAUUGAGAGUGUACUUCUUGUGAUGAAAGGCCAAUUUUAUGAAUAUGACUGGACUCUUAAUUUGGUAAGAGCCCUUGAUUUGUCAGAUAAUAAUUUAUCUAGAGGUAUUCCUUGGGAAAUAACUAAGCUUCAAGGGUUGCAAUCAUUGAAUUUGUCACACAACCAUUUCACCAAAAGGAUCCCUCCAUAUAUUGGUGACAUGAGUUCACUAGAAUCUCUUGAUCUUUCUGUUAACAAAUUGCUUGGGUCAAUCCCUGAAAGCAUGUCCAGAUUGUCAUUUCUAAGCCACUUGAACUUGUCUGACAAUCAACUAACUGGAAAAAUUCCUUCAAGUACUCAGCUACAGAGCUUUAAUGCAUCUUGCUUUGUUGGAAAUAAACUUUGUGGCCUUCCACUACCACAUAACUGUAGUGAAGCUACUCAUGAAGAAGCAAGCACUAAAAAUAGUGGUGGGAAAGAUAUGGAUGGAAUUAAAGUGAAUUGGUUGCUUGUUAGCAUGGCACUUGGAUUUAUUUUUGGAUUUUGGAGUCUAUUAAGUCCUCUUGUGAUUAGUAGGCAAUGGAGGCAUUCCUACUAUCAGUAUUUGGACGAGAUGGGGUGGAAAGUCAGUAAUUAUGUGAGUAGAUUUUUCUAACAUCUUAUGUACUUUUUCUUUACAAUUGUAUUUCUCUUCAUGUUCUUGUGAUAUAUUACAAAGCAUCACCUAUUCACUUUUAAGCAAUAUUGUUUUGAUUUCUUGUUAUCUGCAAUGAAGCUGUAAAAUAGUU